CAUCACCCAUCACCCAUCCCCCCUCCCUCCUCCACCUUCUCUCCCCGCCUGGUCCGUCCAUCCCCCCCGAGCUCCUUCCUUCCUGCCCCCCUUCCACUCGGAGCACCUCCACCCCCGGCACCGACUGCUUCUUGUUUCCUGCGCUGUGCUGGUCAAGAAUCUGGGAUCCUCUCCGGCGCCGCCGCUCGUUUCUUGAUGGCCGCAUAGAUGGCAGGAUCAACUUCAUUUUGAGCAUGUCCCACAAGGUUGCAAUCACCAGUAUGUCAGCUAAGGCUUCAGAACGUACGUAUAGAUGCUCAGAUGAUUCACAAAUGGCGUACUACAACAACUCGGUGCCUUUAGCAGAAAAUGGACGGUUCUAUAUGAUGCAAAAUCAGCUGGAUGCUCACUACACAUCUUCAGGUGAUGGGUCACAGAAAAUUAGCUCCAAUCCUCAAAUAUUUGAAGCACAGUACUGCACACUCGAAUCAUCAUCGGCAAAUGGUACUUAUCCUACACAGAGCUCCACAUCUUCUCAUAGCAUCUCCCCUAUAAGUGGGAGCCCCCUGUCUCAGCAUGACAGCUACUCAUACCACACAUAUGAUUCACCCCCAACUGUUUCAUGUGUUACUGAGAUACCGGAUCUCCAGAGUAAACUAAAGGAGCUAGAAAAUGCAAUUCUUGGACCUGAAUUGGACAUAGCCUCUGACAGCCCCGAGAGCUUAUUGCAAGCCAACAAUCCUUUGAAACAAGAUGACUGGAGACAGCUUCUGGGAAUUAAUACAGGAGACUUGAAGCAGGUGAUCAUAGCAUGUGGUAAGGCUGUUGCAGAGAAUGAUAUAUACACACAAGUACUGAUAUCUGAGCUAGGUCAGCUGGUGUCUGUCUCUGGAGAUCCAAUGCAACGCCUAGGAGCAUAUAUCUUGGAAGGCCUUGUUGCCAGACUUUCUUUCACUGGGAGUAGGCUGUAUAAAUCCUUGAAAUGCAAAGAACCUACAAGCUCUGAGCUCAUGUCCUACAUGCAUCUCCUUUGUGAGAUCUGCCCAUUCUACAAGUUUGGUUACAUGUCAGCCAAUGGUGCCAUAGCAGAGGCUAUUAAAGGCGAGAACUUGAUUCACAUCAUUGAUUUCCAAAUCGCACAAGGGAGCCAGUGGAUAACUAUAAUUCAGGCUCUUGCAGCGAGGCCCGGGGGUCCACCACGCCUAAGAAUCACUGGCAUAGAUGACUCAAAUUCUGCUUAUGCCCGAGGUGGUGGACUGGAUAUGGUUGGGACAAAAUUGCAUAACGUCUCUGCGUCGUAUGGUCUGCCCUUUGAGUUCAAUGCUGUUCAUGCUGCUAGCCAUGAGGUUUAUCUUCAGCACCUUGAUAUAAGGCCUGGGGAGGUUAUUGUGGUGAAUUUCGCCUAUCAGCUGCAUCAUACUCCCGAUGAAAGCGUUAGCAUGGAAAACCAUCGGGACAGGAUUGUAAGAAUGGUCAAGAGCCUAUCCCCUAAGGUGGUGACUCUUGUUGAGCAGGAGUCGAAUACAAACACCCCAUUCUUCCCAAGAUACUUGGAGACCCUCGACUACUACACGGCAAUGUUUGAGUCAAUAGACGUUGCUCUCCCGAGGGAUGAUAAGAGGCGGAUUAGCACGGAGCAGCACUGUGUUGCAAGGGAUAUCGUCAACUUAAUUGCGUGCGAGGGUGCGGAAAGGGUAGAGAGGCAUGAGGUGUUUGGGAAAUGGAAGACAAGGUUUGCAAUGGCUGGAUUUAGGCCGUACCCGCUGAGUUCAGUGGUGAACAACACCAUCAAAACACUGCUGAAUAGCUACCACAGUUGCUACAGGCUUGAGGAGAGGGACGGAGUCCUUUUCCUUGGUUGGAAGAGCAGAGUGUUGGUCGUGUCUUCUGCUUGGUGCUGAGAAGUCCUGAGAAGAAGCUCAUAUGGAACCUGAGCUCAUAAGGGCUUUGCUGCUUGUCGGUUCGGUUUCUCCAGACGGAACCUGAGAUUACAAUGGCUUUGCUGCUUGUCGGUUCAGUUUCCCCAGAUGGAACCCAUGCUCACUGGCCAUCUAAUUCAGUGGAAUCAGCACCAGGAGUUGCUGUGAUAAAACCGCGACCGCGGUGACGUAGAAGAAGGCGUAGUGAUUAAAUAAAUAAAUAAAUAUGUUUAUAGCUAGGAAUUCGGUGUGUUGUGGUUUGCUCCCGUUGGACUAGGAUUGACAUGCUUGUAGCAUACAGUACUACUGUGCUAAUUGGAGGAUGUUUAGAGAUCGAUUAAAAGCUAUGCAGGCACAAGAGGCGCCUGUUGCAUGUCGUUGGUUUGUGUAAUGAUGACGUGAUGGUUUAUUGUAAUCUCCUUCUGCUGCUUGCUGCCCUGAAACAAUACUACAGUUUUUGCGAA